UCUCGUUUUCAAAGAUGCACAGGAUAAGAUCGGCCCAGGUGACCCUGGGACUUUGCUCUGCUCCUCUGCAGGACCCAGCCCGGGCACUUGCCUGUCAGGAGAAGCCAUCAUGGGACGUUCAGCUGUCCUCCUCGCUGUGGCUCUGGCCACCCUCCUGGCUCCAGAAGCCGGGGCGCCCAUCCGCAGGCCAGGCUUCCAGAACAAGCUGUUCCUCGUGUCCUUUGAUGGCUUCCGCUGGAACUAUGACCAGGACGUGCACACCCCCAACCUGGAUGCCACGGCGAGAUACCGAGUGAAAGCUCAAUACAUGACCCCGGCCUUCGUCACCAUGACCAGCCUGUGCCACUUCACCUUGGUCACUGGCAGGUACAUCGAGAACCACGGCGUGGUCCACAACAUGUACUACAACACCACCAGCAAGGUGAAGCUGCCCUACCACGCCACACUGGGCGUCCAGAGGUGGUGGGACGACGGCAGCGUGCCCAUCUGGAUCACGGCCCAGAGGCGGGGCUUAAAGACCGGCUCCUUCUUCUACCCCGGUGGGAACGUCACCUACCAAGGCAUGGCCAUGAUGCUGAGCCGGGAGGAAAGCAUCCUGCACAACUACAAAGACGAGGAGGAGCGGAGGGCCAACAUCGACACGGUGCUGAAGUGGUUCACGGAGGAGGGCCUGCACCUGGUCACACUCUACUUUGGAGAUCCAGACUCCACUGGCCACAGGUAUGGCCCCGAGUCCCAGGAGAGGAAGGAGAGGGUGAGGCAGGUGGACAGAACCGUGGGCUACCUCCGGGACAGCAUCAGGCACAGUGGCCUGCAGAGCAGCCUCAACCUGAUCAUCACGUCCGACCAUGGCAUGAGCACUGUCAACAAGAUAGCCGGCGACCUGGUGGAACUCCACAAGUUCCCCAACUUCACCUUCAAGGACAUUGAGUUCGAGCUCCUAGACUACAGACCAAAUGGGAUGCUGCUUCCCAAGGAAGGGGUGCUGGAGGUGUACAAGGUCCUCAAGGAUGCCCACCCCAAACUCCACGUCUACAAGAAGGAGUCCUUCCCCAAGUCUCUCCACUACACCAAUAACCGCAGGGUCACCCCCCUGCUCAUGUACAGUGACCCUGGCUACGUCAUCCACGGGAGAGUGAACAUGCUGUUCAACAAUGGGGAGCAUGGCUUCGAUAACGAGGUCAUGGACAUGAAGACCAUCUUCUGGGCCGUGGGCCUCGGCUUCCGGAGGGGCCUGGAGGUGGAGCCCUUUGAGAGCGUCCACGUGUACGAGCUCAUGUGCAAGCUGCCGGGCGUCGUGCCCGAGGCCAACGAUGGGCUCCUCAGCAUCUUGCUGCCCACGUUGCGCUCUGGUGAGGCAUCCCUCCACCCGCACCCAUUCCACUGCCAGGCUGCUCCCAGCACAUACUUGUUCUUCCAGGCCCCCCUCUUCCAGGAAGCCUGCCGAAGCCUCCCACAAGGCCCUGAGCCCGCCCUCUCGCUGUGA